CUAACCACUCGGGUUUCUAAACCCCCAACAUAAGGUCUCCUGUCCUACCUUCACAAGCAUUUGACCUAAAUCAACCCAAAAACCAUUCAUUACCACAUGAUUAAUCGUGCUGCUGGAAGAUCUGCACUGACACAGAGAGAAAAGACCUAAAUCAAUUCUCUUCUCUCCACAUUGUGACCGUCUAAUUUCCCAACUAGAUUGAGAGCAGUCAAUAGAUUAUACAUACGUACAUACUACAAAACAAUCGCACAAAUGUCGAUGUCGAGGUCGAGGCACGCAAAAACUGACUCAGAGUCCAGCCUGGCGCCGUCGUCGCCGCCCCGGUCUCCCCGCCGCCCCGUCUACUACGUCCAGUCGCCGUCCCACGACGGCGAGAAGACCGCCAACUCCUUCCACUCCACCCCGGCCCUCAGCCCGGUGGGAUCGCCAGGCCGCCACUCGCGCGACUCCUCCUCGACCCGGUUCUCCGGGUCCCUCAAGCCCGGCGGCGGGUCGCGGAAGCAGCCCGACCGUCCGGGCCGGAAUGGGAAGGGAGCGGAGAAGGAGUGGAUGGAUGAGUUCGGAGCGAUUGAAGAGGAGGGGCUUCUGGACGACGAUGGGGCUCGCGGCGGCAUCCCAAGGCGGUGGUACGUCCUGGCCUUUGUUCUUGCGUUCUUUGCUCUGUUUGCUUUCUUUUCGUUGGUGUUGUGGGGGGCUAGUCGGAAUCAGAAACCCGUCGUCACUAUGAAGAGUAUUACUUUUAAUGGCUUCGUGAUCCAAGCUGGUAAUGAUGCAUCUGGGGUGGCCACGGAGAUGGUGACAAUGAACUCCACAGUCAAGUUCGUUUUCCAAAACACUGGUACUUUCUUUGGGGUCCAUGUAGCAUCCGCACCCAUGGAUCUCUUCUAUUAUGAGCUUUCCUUAGCCUCCGGAAAUGUAAACAACUUCUACCAAUCAAGGAAAAGCCAGAGAACUGUAUCAGUAACGCUGCUAGGGAAUGAUAUCCCACUAUACGGAGGGGGUUCGGACUUGGGUAGCAAAAACAAUACACCCACGGCACCAGUGCCGUUACAGUUGAACUUCACGGUUCAGGCAAGAGCUUACGUGCUGGGGAAACUGGUGAAGCCCAAGUUUAACAAGGUGGUCCAGUGCGCAGUCGUCAUGGACCCCAAAAAGAUGUAUACGGCCAUUUCUUUCAACAAGACUUCUUGUUCUUACCAGUAAGUUUGAACAAAACACACAAUACUGCAUUGUUUGACAAUACAAAAAUCUGUAUAAUUGGGGGCGAAGGAAAGAACAGAGCUGUUUCCUAAUUUGGUGUAAUAAAGAGUUUUUUUUUAAAAUUGUUAACUUAAGGAAAAGGUGGAUACAGCUAAUGGUUGGGCAGAUCUGGUGUGGGUAAUGGGGGAGGAGUUGACUUUAAAGAGAGAGACGGGGAUGGAUUGGCGGACAGAAUGGGCGAUUACUGGGGAAUUGGAAAUUUGUUCAUCGGUGUUUUACUUGUGUCAAUUCUUUUGUUAUUGUAAUCAUGAGAUUGUGUUUUAUUAUUAUUUUUUAUUGGCAAAAGAUGAAUUUUAUUAAAAA